GGAAUAUUUUUUAAAGGGCGGUUUUAAUUUAAUUAUAUUUAUAUAGGGAGAAAUGUUUAAUAAACUUUGAUAUUUUAUGCUUUAGAACACAACGAACGUCGAUCAAGAAUACACAGAUAUUAACAAAUGUUUAGUCAAAAUAUCAACAAAAAAUUAAAAACGUAGUAAUAACAUUUCAAACAUUAUAAAAUGGGUUUUAAAAGGAUCGAUCGUUUUAUAAUAAUAAUACUGCUAUUUUUCUUAUUUUUCCUCGUGUAUCUGCUUAUUAUGAACGAUAAAGAAGAUUCGCGAGUAGAAUUGGACGACUCGAUAGUGUUUAUGAAACCAAACUUGUCGUAUUUGAAUUUGUCUUUCCACGCUUCGAGAUUAAUAUCGAAUUUCAACUGUAGCAGAGAACAUUUACGGUUAUUAAUUGUCGUUACGAGUAACGUAUCUAGCGUUUACAGGCGAAACACAAUCCGUAUGACUUGGGGUAGAAGUUUGAAACAGCACCAAACAAACGAAUUUAAAAUAUAUUUUGUUGUUGGGAAAAUCAACGACCAAGACACCAUGAGUAAACUAGAUAAAGAAUCAAAACAGCAUAACGAUAUAAUUAUCGGUGAUUACACCGAACAUUUUUAUAACCUUUCCUACAAGUUUGAAACAAUUUUCGAAUGGGCGUAUAAGUACUGUUCCUAUGACUACCUGCUGAAAACAGACGACGACGUAUUUGUGAAUCUGCCGUUAGUGAUGGAUUUACUUGGUCACGCGAAAACACCGAAAAACAAAGUCUACUUAGGAUUGAGACACCACCACCCACGUGUUGCCCGAAGCGGGAAAUAUAGCGUUACAUACGAAGAAUAUGCAGCCAAAACGUACCCAGACUACUGCGGCGGUGGCGCCGUCAUAUUUUCUAACGAUGUUGUUAAAAAUGUGAUUCCGUAUUUUCAGAAGUCGCCUUUUAAACUAGAUGAUGUUUAUGUGGGAAUGUUAGUUUAUAAUUCAGGGUGCGAACCGAUCUUAAACGAAUGUUUCGACUUGUUGGACGAAAGUUGCAGUUUUAAAAAUAAUAGCUUAGCUACGCAUUCGACGUUACACACGAGAAAUAGGAAUUGUAUCUUAAAAUUAUAUUAUAGUAUGCUGGCUAACAGUGUUGAUAAUUUAUUUGCAAGGACUCAUUAUAUUGACGCGAAACUUUCUUAGCGACAAGUUUAUGUAUGAUUUACAAGAAUCACAUUUAAAGAUGUCACUCAAUGUGGGUGUAAAGAGCACGUUCUUGUGACCCAUACUCAUAUAAUAUCUGCAGUAAAAAUGCUUACAACAAUAAGAACAUUUUUCAAAGAAAAAAAUGAGUAUAGUACGUUUGAAACGUUUUAAAAUUGAUACACUGAGUAAAAAAUGUGAUACAAAUAUUAAUAUAGAUAGAUAUACUUUUCCAUAGAGGGUAGUAUUUAUGAUUAGUUGUUAUUUUUUAUUCUAUUUCCUAAUUAUUCUCAUUUUAAAACUAAUUAAAACGAUUGAAUAAAAAAAAUAAUUAAAAAUAAUUAAAAUGACAUUGCAGCAUCACGCAUAAUACUUCUCAUACAACAUCUUAUAAUAAAAAACAAGUCUUAUUUGACAAUUCCAAUUACUCAAAACGACUGCAUCAUUUUAAAAUUUAGACAAAUUUAGAUCAAUUUGAUCUUGACAUUUGUCCUUUUUAAUUCAGGCAGAACCAAAGUAAAAUUCAGCUCAUGUCACACAAAAUAUUUCUGUUAUAUUUUUCUACUUUUGUAUUUUAUAUUCUUAUAUUGGAAACGGAGCAUAAUUGCCAAUGAAAAUUUACCUUUUUUUAGUCUUGCAAUCAAUAAGUUUUCCAACUCUGGUUUCAGAUUUUCUUUUUUAUCAGGCUGGCAUAGUCUCCAACCCAAAGCAUUCAUCAUACGAAAUAGAGUGUCCGCUGAUGAAAUUAAAAUUUAUUAUGAAUUAGUUUUUUUAGGAAUUAUUUUUUUUACAAACAGAUUCGUUACUAUAAAUAUAACCAGUGGGCAAAAUUAUUUCUAGUUUUUAAACAAAAAUUUGUCAUAUUAUAUUGCCACCUUGACUAUUUACAGUAACUCUCCGUUUGAGCCUAUUUACGAUUGAGCUCUCUGUAAGGAAGCCAAAACUUUAUUAACCUCCGAAUAAAAAAAAACUAUAGCAAUAUUUGAAUAUAUAUUUUUAAAAAUUUAGAAACCUUUAUCCAUUUCAUCGACAAAAUUAACUACUUUUUCGAAACUUUUUAGCGCCACCCACUCAAACACCUAAACCACCGCUCUAAAAAGCACACACACACAAAAAUUAGAUACGCCCAGGCGUAAAGCAUCACAGUAAAUAGUUUUCUCUUUCUUCUUUCGAGUAAUGUUAUUGUUUGUAAAGCUUCGACAACUUGUUAUGUAUUAAAAUAGUGGGGAAAUAUUCUAUUUUUUAGAAAUCACAUAUUUUGUGGAGAUAAUUUUUAUUUUGACGACAGAACUCAAUAUUUUCGGUCUCA